AUGGGAGCAAAAGAGACUACUCAGUUUAAACUAGCGCAACGCAUGUAUACAAAACGCGCCAGUGACUAUGACUCGUCCUGGCACGCCGAAUACUCAAAGCGGUUUAUAAAAGUAGCGAGCAUCAAGCAAAAUGAUCACAUCCUCGAUCUUGCCUGCGGAACUGGCCUUGAUGCUCUCGAAGCGGCCUCUCUAGUUGGCGACAACGGCCGCGUCAUCUGUGUCGACGCCACUGAAAGUAUGCUCGAAGCAUUUCAGCAGAAGCUGCAUCAAAACACCACGCUGGCAAGACUCAUAAAACUAUUCCAGCAUGAUGUUACAGAUCUGUCAACAUGCAAAGAAAUCGAAAGGGGUAGCUUCGACCUAAUACUGUGCUCUAAUGCAUUUGUUCUAUUUGCUGGUGAUGCUGCAAAGGUCGUACGGGAUUGGAGUGAGUAUCUCAAGGUUGGUGGACGGAUGGUAAUCGAUAUUCCACACCAGCUUAGCUUUCGACAAGGCAACCUACUGGAGACGGUAUUCGAUCGUUUAGGUAUUCCUUUUCCUUCUAAGCGCCUCUGGGUCAAGUCGAUCGACUCGUUCAAAGGGAUACUUGAACACGAGGGUCUCGUUGUGGAACACAUCGAGACGGUUGAUGACGUGAGUGGAAAGGGACAUGUGUUUGCAGACGGCACAUCAUUGCAGGCGGAUGAGAUGUUUGACUCGUCCAUGAAGGUGAUACCAUCGCCGCAAGGAAUGUCUCUAGAGGAGCUUGCGGCCAGAGCAAAGCCCUUGUUUAGAGAGGAGUGGGAGAAGGCUGCGGUGGAUGGCAAGGUCGAGAUCUACGAUACGCUUUACAUCUAUGUGGCGGCCAAAAAGAAAUAG